CCGUCAUUUCACGGAGGCGACGUAGGGACUAGGAAACAAACAUGGCUGCCCCCCAAGAGUCGAGACGUUUCUCUCAAUUUUAAGCGUUUUAUAUUUACUCCUGAACGAUAAUAUAUACCAUGGAUAACUUAGAGAAAACUGUGCCAUCUGCUGAGGAAAAGGAGGAGGAGCAAGAAGAGAUCGAGGAAGAGCAGAAAGAAGGAAAAGAUGACGCUAUGGAUGAUAAGGAAGAUGAAGAUGAUGAAGAAAAGAAAGAAGAAGCAGUGCCACAGGCUUCAGAAACUGUUGAGAAAACCAUUCCGUUGCCUGUUCAACCCCCCCAAAAAGAGAAAAAGCAGAAUGAGGGCCUGAACCUCAACAAUGAGGUGGUGAGGAUGAGGAAGGAGGUGAAGAGGGUGAGGGCUUUGGUCAUCCGGAAGCUGACACGACAGAUGAGUGCCCUGAAGAAGAAGAAAGGGACGGAUGUGGAAAUUGAGAGGAAUCAGAGGCGAGCUGCCAGACUGCUGGACGAGAUCCACGCCAUGAAGGUCCUCACACCAGACCUCGUGACCAAGACAGCCUUGCAAAAGCAUCUCAACUUUGAACAGGUGUGUAAAAACCCCAAGUCUACUAUUUCCGACCGGGCCACAGCGCGAAUCGCCACCCACCCUCAGUUCAACAAGAAGAUUGAGAACAUCAAAGCUGCUGUGCAGGCCUUCAAAGCGGAGCGGAUGAAUGGCGGACGGCAGCGGGGGAAGGAAAAAGUGCAAAAUAAAGCUGGGAAGGUGACUCCACAGUCGCCAGACAAAAAGGGAGAGGGAAGGAGUGAGAAAGAAGAGGACAUUUCAGGUAAACAAAAGGAAGUCGCAGACCACAAGGAAAGAGAGGGUAUUCUUAAAGACACUAAAGAUGCAACUGUUGCUGAACCUGAAAAGGAAACGGUAAAAGCAACUCCUUCAGCUGAUGAGGCUGACGGUCAAAGGAAAGCAAUGCCAGAGGCUAAGAAUGUAAGACCUGCAUCAUUGAAAAGUAGUGAAGGAAAGGAGAGUGUAAAAAAUACACCUCAAAGUAAAGGUGCCGAUAAGAAAGCUGACCUUGUGUCUGCACCUGAAGUGCUUGAGAAAAAGGAGGCUGCGGAAGAGAGUGCUUUAGAGUCCUCAGAUGAUGAAGAGAAAGAGUACUUUGAUGACAGCACAGAGGAACGUUUCAACAAGCAGUCCUCCCAAUCCGAGGAGAGCGACGAUGACGGCUUCUUUGUUGGAAAAGUGAGCAAAUACAAGAAGAAGAAGAAGCCGAAAAGUGUUGAGGAGAAGGCCAAUAAUGGGCGAGAAGUGAAAAGUUCAGACCGGGUCCAGAGUGAACUUGACGAGCUGGAGUCCAGACUGAAGUCUAAAGCGACCUCGCUUCAGUCUGUUUUCUGUUCAUCGCUCUCUAAGCCUGGUGGGGGAAGAGGCGCAGGCAGAGGGAGAGGCGGAGAUAGAUUUAGGGGCCAAGGGACACCAAGGAGUGGGAGUGAUCAAAAUAGAGAUUUUAAUAAACCAUCCAAGUUCCAAAAGCAAGAGAGAGGAGCAGAAAGAAAUUCAGAGUCAAAGUACAGGAAGCCCUGUCCCGAGGACAGACAUCCUGGGGCGGCAGAGAAGGGCUUUCCCUCUGUCGGCAGAGGGAGGGGGCGAGGGAGAGGUGAUGGUGUAAGGCAAAAUGAUCGCAGGGGCGGGGGCGUCUUUUCCCAUCAGGCACCCCAGCAGGCACUGCAUCCAUCCUGGGAGGCCAGUAAGAAAAGGAAGGAGCAGCAAGGACAAAUUCUGGUUUUCCAGGGAAAGAAGAUCAAGUUCGACGACGAUGACUGAAAGUGUUUUUUGAGUGUUAACAUAUGGUGAACACACACAUGUGGUUGAGUG